AUGUCGCUAGAGCUGGACAUCCCCCUGCAUGUCAAUUACAUACAAUCUUUGGGAAAGAACAAAGAUGACCUGGUUUACCAUCUCACUGCUCACCUGCGGAUGAAUGCCAUUUACUGGGGUCUUACAGCACUCUGCGUUAUGAAUCACAAAGACGCUUUGGACCGCGAAGAGAUGAUCGAGUUCGUCAUGAGCUGCUGGGACGACGAAGUAGGAGGGUUUGGGGCUCAUCCCGAUCACGAUGCACACAUGCUAUCAACGUUGAGCGCAAUACAGAUUCUUGCCAUUCAAGACGCACUAGACAGACUCGACGUACCUCGUGUGACAAAGUUCAUUCUUUCUCUCCAACAGCCAUCCGGAGUGUUCGCGGGUGACUCCUUCGGAGAGACAGACACCCGGUUUCUAUAUUGUGCGGUCAACGCGCUUUCGCUGAUCGGCCGUCUGAGCGAGCUUGAUGUCGAGAAGACAGUGGGAUACAUCAAGCUUUGCAAGAAUUUUGACGGCGGAUUCGGUGCGUGCGUAGGUGCGGAAAGUCACGCAGCUCAAGUGUUCGUAUGCACGGCUGCGCUUGCUAUUCUGGACAGGCUCGACGUCAUUGACCAGGAGACGCUCGCAUGGUGGCUCGCGGAACGACAACUCCCCAACGGCGGGCUGAAUGGCCGGCCGGAGAAGUUGGAAGAUGUGUGCUACAGUUUCUGGGUGCUCUCGUCGCUUUCGAUAUUGAACAAGGUCCCAUGGAUUGACGCGGAUAAACUGACCUCGUUCAUCCUUUCCGCUCAGGAUCCGGACAAUGGAGGGAUCGCUGAUAGGCCAGGGGACCAACCUGACGUCUUCCACACACUCUUCGGUGUUGCAGGACUCUCCAUCCUUGGUUAUCCGGGUUUGGACGACCUUGACCCUGUGUACUGCAUGCCAGCAAGUCUGACAGAGCGCAUGGGCCUGAAGAAAGGCUGGAAGGCCCUUCCUAGGAAGACGGCGUAA